AUAUGGUUUGACGGCCACAUCAGGUUUACCAGGUGCUUUAUGGCUCUCGAGUGACUCUUUUGGCGCGACCUGCUCUGCUCAGAGGGCGAUGCGGCGGUUCGCAGUUUGUUCCGAAUAAUGGCCGCUGACUUCUGGGCGGGUUACUCUGCAGGCGUUGUAGGUAUAGUUGUUGGUAAUCCGUUAGACAUUCUAAAGACAAGAUUGCAAGCCGGCACAUGGAGAACAGAACCGUCAUCGAGUACAUUGCCAGAUGUCUCAGCCAACACCAGGAACAAUGCCACAUCACAGCGGUGGACUUCUCUUCUGCGAGGAGCCGCAGCCCCGAUCCUAGGCUAUGGCCUGCUGAACGCUCUACUAUUCGUAUCGUACAAUCGAAGCUUAGCCUUGCUGAACACUGGCUCGAUGAGUGACUGGCCGGAGAACCCAUCUGCGUGGAGCAUCUGGACUGCCGGAGCUCUUGGUGGCCUUGCAACCUUCAUCGUCAGCGCGCCAACAGAGCUCGUCAAGUGUCGUGCUCAAGUUAGCAAUCCUCCUCAAUCCUCGUUAGACAUUGCGAGGCAGAUGUGGAAGCAGGCUGGACUCCGUGGCCUGUACCUCGGUGGUGGCAUUACGAGCGUACGAGAUGCUGUAGGCUACGGCUUUUACUUCUGGAGCUACGAGAUGACCAAGCGUGCUAUGACUGCCGAAAGUGAUAGCCACAACCAGCAAGCCCUGAAAGUGCUCCUCUGUGGAGGAUUGGCUGGCAUUGUGACCUGGUCAUCCAUCUUCCCGUUGGACGUAAUCAAGACUCGCUACCAGACGUGGGACCUCGUACCAACCCAUUCGUCAAUGGUUGCUUCUCCUGCAGCUCAGCCGCUUCUGAGACAGACAUUACCGUUUACUGCAAGACCAAGCACAUUACACAUCGCAAAGGAAGCCUAUGCCGCUGAAGGCAUCAGCGUCUUCUCUAGAGGCCUUGGCGUGUGCUCUGCGAGGGCGUUUGUCGUCAAUGCCGUGCAAUGGGCCGUAUACGAAUACGUGAUGAAACAGUUGACCCAUUGAUCAGCACGCUACCUAUUCCGCU